CUCUCUCUCUCUCUAAGGAAAAAGGAAAAGAAUAUGUAGUGCUAUGUGGAUGUUUUACCAAAACCUUCUCUGGGUUUUUGGAAUUCUCUUUGGAAUUAGUCCUGUGGGAAUAUGCCUCUGUGGAUCUCUUCUCGCCUCUAAUUCAGUCCCCUUUUCUUCAAGCUGUUACAGUCUACAAUCUGAAGUUCUGCCAUUUUAAAAAAUCACACAGCAGCCACCUCAUCAUCACCAGACUUUCCUCUCCAGGCCAUUUUCUGGAGAAUGUGGCUCAUAUUCCCUGGUGAGAGAACAAAUCAGUUAUUCAUUACAUCUUAUCAAUGAGCUAGGGCUACACAGAAAGGAAGUCUAAUGAAAUCAGAAACUUGGAAAUACCAGCAACUGCUUUGUCCCGGGUUUUCAUCUGGGGUGUAACAAAGUCCCACAGGACAUUCCUCCAGGCUCUGAGAUGAAUGCUGAAGGCAUUGAAAGCAUUUGCUGAAUCUCUUUAGUUAAAUUAACUCCGAGGAGCUGACCUGUCUUCUCCUGAGAAUUAUUUGGUUUAAAUAUUAAUGGGGGAGAAUUUACAACGUUUAGUUUCACACUUCUAUAUAAAUGUUUUGUGGUAACAUAUGCAAUUAUUUUCUUUUUCCACAUGCGCAAAAUUUUCUCUUUCACUCUCUCUAACCUCUUAAUCCAAGUCAAAAACUCAUUUAUCUUCUUGCUGUUUUAAUAUUUCAGUUUCUCUUUCUUGUUUUCACUCUGGUUGUCAUGUUUACCUGGCGUCUGUGUAUCACCUCAACGCCAGGACCACAGAUCUCCCCCGGGAUGCAUUCUUCAAAGGUGAGAGGUGUGCUGGAAGAUGGACUGUCCUCCAACGGCGUGCCCCGAUCGACAGCCCCAGGUGGAAUAUCCAACCCAGAGAAGAGGAUGAGCUGUGGGACCCAGUGCCCGAAUCCCCAGAGCCUCACCUCAGGCCCUCUGACCCAGAAACAGAAUGGCCUGCGGACCACGGAGGCUAAAAGAGACGCUAAGCGAAUGUCUGCAAAAGAAGUCACCAUUAAUGUUACAGACGGUAUCCGACAGGCGGACAGAAGUCGAAGAAUCACGAAGAACUGUGUUAACUAGCAGGAGCGUUCGGCUAGCAGCGCAGAUGGACAACUCUGGUGCCCUCCCCCUACUGGAGCCCAUCAAGGAGCCUUGAAGAAGCGGGUGGCCCCUGCUGAACGUGAGCGCUGCUGAGUGCCCUGAGGGACCGUCUUGCCAGGCAGCGAGCAGCUGCCUGGGCUGCGGGGACGUUCUCGGCGCCCUCCUCACCACAGAGCUGUACUGGCACAGUGCUUGCACAUGGUGAUACGCUGCAGUGACCGUGCCUCUCUGCAACCCGUGCGAUGCGGUCUGACGUGGCCGUGGUGAGCGAGAGCCACGGGCGGGUUUGUGACACGGAGAAAAGUGGACGGAGUGCGUUUCCUGGGAGAACGACGCGCACGUGGGCUCUAAGCCCCGCUGGCCGUGGCGGUGUGCACUCUUGCGGGUCGGCCUGUUCCUUAGUUCUGUCUUUCGGAAGGAAGCCCACCAUCGGAAAGCUUACCGUGUUCACUUAACAGUCGUCUUCCGCCCACCUGUAAACCCAGAUGUAGGAGAGACCGAGAAACAGGGAAAACCCCUGUGACACCCGUCUCCUUAGCUCAGUAGGAGACAGAUUCAGAGAUCCAGUGUCACACAAACUAACCCCGCCCACGCUCACAGCAUGUUUUGGGAGGUCUCUGUGAUGCAGUCACACCUGUCUCUCAUCUGCCUUCAGUGUCCCCCCCCCCCCCCCGCCCCCAUACAGGUGUCCGUGUUUGCCCACGUACCGCAAUAUCGUGGUCACCGUGGUCAACACAUCCGACCGGGACGGCCCUCGGGGCUCAGCCAGACAUCGCAUUUCAGAGUGUCCCAGUUCUCUUCGCUUGUGCUCUUGAGUGUCUGUUCUCUCCAGUUGGGUCAUUUGCAAUUGUUAAUCAAAGCGUAGACACUGCUCGCAAGAGGCAGAUAAUGCAGCACAUACGGCCUCCCUCCGGCCUCUCGUACGCAGCACCAGGCCUACGGCUGCAUCGUGUGCUGUCCGUGAAGGAAUCGCUUUAUUUUUUUUUAUUUUUUUUUAACGUUUAUUUAUUUUUGAGACAGAGAGAGACAGAGCAUGAACGAGGGAGAUGCAGAACCGGAAGCAGGCUCCAGGCUCCGAGCCGUCAGCCCAGAGCCCGACGUGGGGCUCGAACCCACGGACCGCGAGACCGUGACCUGAGCCGAAGUCGGACGCUCAACCGACUGAGCCACCCAGGCGCCCGAAGGAAUCGCUUUAGAAAGGCAGUGCCGAGUUGAUGUGCCAUCACAUUGACCGACGUGCACUGUGUUAGAAGUCAGAGGCAGUAAAAAAACUAUUUUGAUAGAUUAAAAUUAUCUAACCUUUCUUUACACGUGUUAAGGUGGAAGCAUCUUCCUCCAAAGUAAUGUAGCAUAAUUUUAAAGGAUUGUUAACAUGCCUGGACUGGGAAAGGUAGGACUAAAGUUGUACCAAAUGAUACCAAUAAACUCCAUGUUUAGCAGAAA